AUGGUCAGUUCAAUUCUUUACGUAGCUGUUGUAGGCUUUCAUCACAAACGAGGUUGUCAGGUUGAAUUUUGUUAUCCACCUCUUGCGAACAAUGAAGGAGAAUUACCGGUAGCUUGGCAAGAUUUACCUUCUCUUGCACUUCCUGAUGGCGCUCACAACGUUGAUAACGACGUGAUUUAUUUUUUGCUACCGUCUUUGGAUGAUCCAAAUCUAUCUGUUUUCGGGGUUUCCUGUUUUCGUCAAAUUUCUGCAGAGGAUCUUCUGUAUAAAUCUUCGGAUGUUACGAGAUGUACUGUACAAAAGAGUGUUUGUGUUUUAUCUCGAGUACCACUUUUUGGUGCAUUAACUGCUAAAUUGCAACUCAUUACGAAGGCAUAUUUCAAUGAAAGAGAUUUUGCCAAGGUUGAAGUGUUAUCUCAGAUGUACGAAAAUCUUUGUGAUAUGUUUCCAAAUGUUGAAACUGAUGAACAAGCCGCAGUUAUGGGUAUGUAUUCUCACUUAAGCCAUUAUCACAUGGAUACUUCGAAAAUUUGUUCUAGUCGUUUUGGUGAUCGGAAAGAAAUUGCAGAUAUUUCUGUACAGUCUCUUGUGACGACAUUCAAGCAUCGAGUUUUGGUUUUAUUCAAAUUGUUGCUGUUAGAGAAAAAAGUUGUGUUUUAUAUAUCGCCGGUAUUUCAACUGAGUCAGCUUAUGGUUGCGCUCAUAUCACUUUUCCCACGUUUGGUUGAAAAAGGCUUGUUCCAUGCAGCAUCAUAUAAUCGAAGUUCCGUGAAUUUAUCAACUGAAGAUAAACGUUUCCAUCGACAAGAAAUAGAGAUGGAAAUGGGCAAUGACACACUGAAAGUUGAGUCUGCUGUAGAAGAUGGAAAAAGUACGAUUUAUUUUAACUUGGAGUUAAAUGAAAGAAACAAAGAAAAAUUUGUGGAGACCACAGAUGAGGUCAUGGGACGUAUGACAGAAACGCAGUUAUCAAGUGAUGUUAAUGCUGGCUGCUCUUUGGAUGUGUUGCGGAAUCAAUUUUUGGAUACUGAUUCCUAUGGAUUUCCAUUAAGCAUUUUCACCAAAGGUUCUUUAUUCCAUCCGUAUCUUAGUAUUUGUCAUUUGGAUAUGAUUAGAUCGGAUAAUACGCGUGCUCACUGCAUUGGUGCAACAAAUGCUUUAUUUGUUCAGCGACGAGAUCUACUUGAUGCUAUCGUUACGGUAGAUGAAAAUGGCGAUGGAUACAUUGACAUAAUGAAUGCUAACUUGAAGCGAGCACUAACUUUAACAGCUGCUGAUUUACGGUUCAUUGAUUUUGUUUCUAAAGAAGUGGAAAUAAAUGCACAGUCACCAAGUUGGGAAGGAAGUGAUGACUGGAUUCGUUUGCAAAUGCGUGCGUAUUUACUAUCACUCAUAGCAACGGUUCGUGCUGAUUUAAAAUGCUCAUUAGGGGAUUUUAAUGAGUCCUUUAUAGAAGAAUGGAAAAUGACUAAUAAUUAUCGUAUAUGGUCGUCUGGAGAAUAUCCGGAUCUAGCAAGCACAGUACCAAGGCAGCAUUUUAUUCUUAUUUCUCAUCCAUUUACUGGUACUAUUGGAAUAUCAGAUGUUUUAUUACGAGUAGAGCAUUCAGUUGGUGGUUCAGAAAGUGGCCGACGUGUAGCGUCUGCUGUUGCCAAUACUGGUAAAUAUUUCUCUGAUACAAGUUCGAAGAUGAGAACAAGUUUCACUUCAUGGUUUAAAGGAAAUACGAGAAGAGCAGAAUAA